UCUGUUCUUCUGACUACCAUGGCUUUAGAGAUGUCUAUGUGGUUGCCUAUGGUUUAUGGGUUUCUUCUGCCCCUUCUUCUUUCGCUCGUGGUUUUCGUCGUCUUCGUUGUCUACAGGAGAAUAAUCAGAAAGACUCCACACCAGAAGACGGAUUUUGGAAUAACUCAUCUGGCGUCUGAUGUACCUGAGUUCUUCACGCCUCCUUCUCCGAGCCUCACUCCCUUCGGGUCUCCUAUCCAUCCCAGGACGACGCCAGAUAUUAGUCCCGAAGACUCGACCAACGGGACGAAGGAUUGGCCUUACCAACAGACACCAACUCUAUCUUUGAAGGAUCUUCUGAUGGCCUUUUCCGAAUCCCACUUACAGAGUUCUUUGCCGUCCGUGCAUUCCUUCGGUCUGGAUAGUUUUCGCUGCUCGUCCCCCACGUCCUCUGAGGCUCCCGUUAGUCCCUCUGUGACCGUGACCCACGCCAGGUCUGUGGAGGCGUGGGGCUUGUGGACGAAGAUCGAGAUCGACGGUUCGCAUCCACCGGUCUGGGUCGACAUGAACACCGCUGCCUAUAUCUGAGUCGUUGUUUGUUCCAUGAAAUAAAUUGUUUUA